CUCUUCGUCUUCUUCCAACAGAUCGACACCGAAAAUUCGAAGCAAAAAAAGGAGAAGAAAAGAAAAGGAAAAAAAGAAAAGAAAAACAAACCCUAGCCGCACCGAUCGAAGCCAGUGAGACGCCGCCGACGGCUAUGCGUGAGGCGAUCGUCGGUGACCACGAUCGCCGCCGCCGCCGCACCCGCAUCCAGUGAAACCCUGCACUGUCGUCUCGUUCGGUUGUGAGGAGAUGAGGGCGGCGGCGGCGGCGGCGGGGCAGAUCGAUCCGUCCCCUGGGGCGCCGGCGAAGUCGCGGCUGAAGAGGCUGUUCGAGAGGCAGCUGCUGCGGGUGUCGCCGGCGGAGAGGCUCCCGUCGGUCGCGGGUGUCGGGGAGAAGGAUGAGUCGUCGGAGCCGAGCUCCGUGUGCCUGGACGGCAUGGUGCGGAGCUUCUUGGAGGACGGCGUCGGCGUCGAGCGGCCGGCGGGCGCCGCGCGCUGCUGCAAUUGCUUCCACGGCGGGGAGGCGUCUGACGACGACGACGACGGCCCCGCUGCUGCCGAGGCGGCGGCCACCUCCGACGCCGCAGAGACCAUCAAGGGCCUCGUCCACUGCGCCAGCCUCCGGGAACGCAACCUCCUCGCCGACGUCUCCACGCUCGUCGAGCGCCACCGCGCCGCGGGGGCGCGCAAGCGCGACCUCCUCCGCCUCCUCGCCGACUCGCUCCGCGCGGCGGGGCACGACGCCGCGGUCUGCAUCUCCCGCUGGGACAAGUCCUCCUCCCACCCAAAAGGCGAGCACGCCUACCUCGACGUCCUCCUCCCUCCCGCCUCCGACCGCGCCGAGCGCGAGCGCAUCCUCGUCGACGUCGACUUCCGGUCGGAGUUCGAGGUCGCGCGGCCCACCAAGGCGUACCGCGCCGUGCUCCAGCGCCUGCCGUCGGUGUUCGUCGGGAAGGAGGACCGCCUCCGCCUCCUCGUGGCCGCGGCCGCCGACGCCGCGCGCGCCAGCCUCAAGAAGCGCGGCCUCCACCUCCCGCCAUGGCGCAAGCCCGAGUACAUGCGCGCCAAGUGGCUUUCACCCUACGAGCGCGACGUUCCUUCACCGCAGCAGCCAGAUGCCUCCGCCGGUGAGCUCGCCGUCGACGGCGAGGGAGGUGGAGCGUGGACUCAAUGAUUGAUGAUCAAGGACUCGUCUUUUGUUGAUUCUUUUUUCUUCGGGAAUUUGCAUUUGCAGCGUCAUCUUGGGCUGGAUGCAAAUGUUUUAUUCUUUCUUUUCCUUUCCUUUUUCCCCCUUCAUUUUUACCCUUUAAUGGGUUUCAUUUUGGCCAUGGAGUAGUAGUAACUGUAGUAGUAAGCACGGAUAAGACGAACGGGAACAAAAAAAAUGUAGUGUUAGUUGAACAGAAAAAAAAGAGAGAUAAUGGAUUACGGCAAUAUCUACUUCUUUCA